UAAGUUUUGACAUGCUCUAUUAAAUAAUUAUUUUAAAAUAGUACAUAUUUUACUUUUAUACUAUUUGCAAUAAAAAAAUAAUUAGGUUAAUAUAAAACAAGUCUCGGAAAAGUCAAAAUUACCAUCUUGGUCAAUAGAAUAGAACAGGUGUCGGUUGGUGGGUUUAUAGCUGCUGCUGCUUCUUCUUCUUCUUCUUCUUGUAUGGACAAAUGGGGAGACUGCUUACAUUGUUGUUUAUGUUGUAAUGACAUUUGGACAAAAUCUGUUAACCCCGAUCCAAACUUAACUUUGGAGAAAUGCACCCACAUAAUAAUAUAAUGAGACCCAUUUCUUUUUCUUCUUUAAAAAAAGAAGAUUUCCAUCUAAAUAUUUUGAUUCCUUCAGCUCAUGACCUGCAUUACAUCGUUAGGGAUUAAGUGCAUGGCCCCAUUAUCCGAAUAUUCAAAUGGCCGGCCCUCUAGCCUUCCUCCAUUGUCCACAUGCUAUCCUCCCUCGGCCAAUUCACACCAAUCCAAUCCUUCCAUUUCUUGAACUGGUGCUGGCGAGUUUAAAUAGACUACUGUAUAAAACAGGCGGCAGGAUCGAAGUCUUUGUAACUUGGAGAAAAAACAACCAAUCUGAAACACAAAGUUGAGCCUUGUUUUCUUCUCUCUAAAACUAAUGGCCACCGUUUCUCUCUAAUACACAGUCGUCCUACACCAUCAGAACACUUUCAUCAAUGGCUGAUUCCUCGUUUGAAAUCGACAGCAACUCCUACUACUCUGGUGGCGUCUCCUCAAGAAACUAUCAUCAUCACCAUAGCAGGCAAAGAAGGCACAGUACAACACCCACUAGCUUAUACUAUGCUUCACCUUCGAUAACACACUUCACCUCUACUGACACUUCCCGGAGUUUCACUACUUCCCGUAGAAUUCGCCGUCCUCUUCCACCACCCUCCACCCCUUUCGCCGCCGAUGAUGAUAGGUCGUGGCAGAGUGAGGUUUCUUGGCAGUUUGAGUCUUCAGGGUGGCAAGAUAAUCGUUACUUGGGUGCAGUUUUUAGUCCAUGGGCAGCUACUGUACCAUCUUCAAACAUCCGAGUAUUUAGAAGAUCGGCUAAUGACUAUUAUCUUUCACAUACUAGAAGCUUUAUAAAUCCACAUUAUGAUCAUUAUUAUUCUAGCUACAGUGCAGUGCCUUCUUCUGGUAGGCUCGAGUUGCAGAGUCAUGUUGCUAGAGAUAACAAUGAUCAAAGUUUAGUAGUUCAUGUUAAGAACUAUAACAACGAUAGUAAUAAUAAUAAAAUUUCUGGGAUUCCAAGAUUGGAUGAUCAUAAAAAGAAAGAAUCAGUUGGAAAGUUUAGUCCUUUAGCUGCAUUGGAUGAACUUAGUGUUACUGAGUAUAACACAGCUCAUGAUGAGGAUGUUGACAGAGAGAUUGGCUUAUUAUCUGAGACUGAUCAAUCUAAUGUUCAUGGAGGCAAAAAUACUCGUUGGCUUUCAGUUUCAAAUGCUUAUGUGGAUGUUGAGCAUGGCGGCAUUACUCAAGCUAGUCCUGGCAUGUCACAUGGAAGGAAAUAUAGUCAUCAUCAACAUGAUCACCAUUCUGGAAAGCAACAUAUGAGGCAUCAUAUAUAUGAUGCCUAUCAAUCGCCCAGCCUUCACUCACAUGGCGCUAAAUCUGACCAUGGAUAUGGUGACACUGAUCAAAAUUCGAGGUCUGUUGAUGAUGAUGAUGGUGAUGAUGAUUAUGACGAAGAGGAAGAUGAGGAAGAACCACCAAGGCAAGUAGGCCUAUUUGGUCUGUUCAAGUAUUCAACAAAAUGGGAUAUUGUACUUGUGAUUUUGGGGUGUUUAGGAGCUCUCAUUAAUGGAGGCGCUCUUCCUUGGUAUUCUUUUCUUUUUGGGGAUUUCGUGAACAAGAUUGCUAAAGGAACAGAUAACAAUACCCAGAUGAUGAAAGAUGUAGAGAAGAUAUGUCUAGAAAUGACUGUACUAGCAGCAAUUGUUGUGGUUGGAGCUUAUUUAGAGAUAACUUGUUGGAGAUUGGUGGGGGAACGAUCAGCUCAUCGAAUACGGACUAUGUACUUAAGAGCAGUGUUAAGGCAAGAUAUCAGUUUCUAUGAUACUGAAGUCAGCACAGGUGAUGUUAUGCAUGGAAUUUCAAGUGACGUUGCUCAAAUCCAAGAAGUCAUGGGAGAAAAGAUGGCGCAUUUCGUCCAUCAGAUAUUUACCUUCAUCUGCGGAUACACUGUUGGGUUCUUAAGGUCAUGGAAGGUAUCACUAGUAGUAUUCUCAGUCACUCCAUUGAUGAUGUUUUGUGGCAUGGCUUAUAAGGUCAUUUAUGUUGGUCUAGCUACAAAAGAAGAGGCUUCGUACAGGAAAGCUGGUGGCAUUGCUGAGCAAGCUAUUAGUUCGAUUCGAACUGUAUUUUCUUUCGUAGCUGAGGAUAAUUUGGCUGAGAAAUAUGCUGAUUUUUUGUUUAAAUCAGUGCCUAUUGGUGCAAAGGUUGGAUUUGCCAAGGGUGCAGGAAUGGGAGUUAUUUACUUGGUAACAUACUCAACAUGGGCACUAGCCUUUUGGUAUGGUUCUAUCUUAGUCGCAAGAGGUGAGAUCACUGGAGGUUCUGCCAUUGCUUGUUUCUUUGGUGUCAAUGUAGGAGGCAGGGGAUUGGCACUGUCACUGACAUAUUUUGCUCAAUUCGCGCAAGGAACUGUAGCAGCAAGCAGGGUUUAUGAAAUAAUAGACAGAAUUCCUGAUAUAGAUCCUUACGGUUCUCAUGGCAGGACACUGCCAAAUGUUCGCGGAAGGAUUGAGUUUAAAAGUGUUAUUUUUUCUUACCCAUCUCGUCCUGAUACAUUAAUUCUUCGCUCUCUCAAUCUAGUCAUUCCAUCUUCAAAGACUGUAGCAUUGGUUGGUACUAGUGGAGGUGGCAAGUCCACCAUUUUUGCUCUGAUAGAGAGAUUUUAUGACCCGAUAAAGGGAGUGAUUACCUUAGAUGGUCAUGACUUGAAGACACUGCAAGUGAAGUGGCUUAGAGAUCAAAUAGGUAUGGUUGGGCAGGAGCCAGUCCUUUUUGCUACUAGCAUACUAGAAAAUGUGAUGAUGGGGAAGGAAAAUGCCACCGAAAAAGAAGCAAUUAAUGCCUGCAUUGCCGCCAAUGCUCACAGCUUUAUAUCUGGCCUUACGUAUGGCUAUGACACUCAGGUUGGAGAUAGGGGAACUCAGCUUUCAGGUGGACAGAAGCAGCGCAUUGCCCUAGCUCGAGCAAUAAUUAAGGAUCCACAUAUUCUUCUUUUAGAUGAGCCCACCAGCGCCCUGGACGCAGAGUCUGAGUCGAUUGUACAGCAAGCCAUUGAUAAGAUCUCUACUGGAAGGACAACUAUUGUCAUUGCUCAUAGGUUAGCAACUGUAAGAAAUGCCAACAUCAUUGUUGUUCUUGAUCAUGGUUCUGUUGUAGAAAUCGGUAAUCAUCGCCAGCUAAUGGAUAAGGCUGGAGCUUACUAUGACCUUGUCAAGCUUGCCUCUGAAGCAGUUUCAAGACCAACAGCGAAAGAAAUGGAUACUAGUAAGGAGACAGAGUUUUCCAUACAUGGAAAAUCAGUUCAUGAUCCAAGAUCAAAGAAUGUGGAGGAGACAUCAAGAUCAAGGCACUUAAAAUUUAUGCAAAUGGAGAACCAAGAAGAGGAGGAAAUGCAAGAAAAGCAAAAGCCAAGAAAGUAUCACCUAUCAGAGAUAUGGAAACUCCAAAGACCAGAAGUUGUCAUGCUUCUUUUAGGGUUCCUUCUGGGUAUGCAUGCAGGUGCAAUUCUCUCUGUCUUUCCUUUCCUUCUAGGACUAGCUCUUCAAAUCUACUUUGAUGAUGAUAAUCCAGCAAAACUGAAGAGAGAUGUUGGACACAUCGCUUUAGUACUUGUAGGUCUUGGAGUAGGUUGCAUUCUUACGAUGACAGGCCAGCAAGGUUUAUGUGGAUGGGCAGGAACUAAACUAACAAUAAGAGUAAGGAACCUCUUGUUUCGAUCUAUACUAAAACAAGAACCGGGCUGGUUUGACUUUGAAGAAAAUUCAACAGGAGUACUUGUUUCAAGGCUAUCGAUUGAUUGUAUCAGUUUCAGAUCAGUUCUUGGUGAUAGAUUGUCAGUCUUGUUAAUGGGUUUAAGUUCAGCUGCUGUUGGUCUUGGUAUGUCAUUUUUCUUAGAAUGGAGAUUAACCCUUUUGGCUGCUGCUUUAACUCCAUUCACUCUUGGUGCUAGUUACUUGAGUUUGAUUAUAAAUGUUGGACCAAAGCUAGAUAAUAGCUCUUAUGCUAAAGCUAGCAACAUCGCUGCAGGUGCUGUUUCAAAUAUCAGAACAGUAACAACGUUUUCUGCUCAGGAACAGAUUGUCAGAUCCUUUGACAGAGCCCUAGAUGAGCCUAAGAAGAAAUCAGUAAGAAGAUCACAAGUUUUAGGCUUAACACUUGGUUUCUCUCAAGGAGCAAUGUAUGGUGCGUACACAUUAACCCUUUGGUUUGGUGCAUACCUUGUAAAGCAAGGGAAGACUGAUUUUGGUGAUGUAUAUAAAAUCUUCCUCAUUCUUGUUUUAAGUUCAUUUUCUGUUGGACAACUAGCUGGCCUAGCACCAGAUACUACCAUGGCCAGGACAUCAAUUCCUUCUAUUUUUGAUAUAAUUCAUCGCCAGCCACUGAUAGGAAAUGAUCGAGAAAAGGGUAGACAGAUCGAUAGAUCAAAACCAUUGGAUAUCGAGUUCAGGAAGGUAACAUUUGCAUAUCCAUCUAGACCUGAGAUCAUGGUAUUAAGGGAUUUUUAUUUGAAGGUAAAAGGUGGAAGCAUGGUGGCAUUGGUGGGCGGAAGUGGAUCAGGGAAAUCAACUGUGGUUUGGUUGAUACAAAGGUUUUACGAUCCUAAUCAAGGGAAGGUGACAUUAGGAAGUGUGGACCUGAGGGAUCUUAAUCUCAAGUGGUUAAGGAAGCAAAUAGCUUUAGUGGGUCAAGAACCUGCACUAUUUGCUGGAAGUAUAAGAGAAAAUAUUGCAUUUGGAGACCCUCAAGCUUCAUGGGCUGAGAUUGAAGAGGCUGCAAUAGAAGCUUAUAUUCAUAAGUUCAUCAGCAGCCUUCCUCAAGGCUAUGAAACUCAGGUUGGUGAGAGUGGAGUUCAACUAUCAGGUGGGCAGAAACAGAGAAUAGCAAUAGCAAGGGCAAUAUUGAAGAAAUCAAGAGUUUUACUUCUAGAUGAAGCAAGUAGCGCAUUGGACUUGGAAUCAGAGAAACAUGUCCAAGAAGCACUAAGAAAUGUCUCAAAGCAAUCAACAACUGUUGUAGUAGCUCACAGGCUGUCUACAAUCAGAGAAGCUGAUAUGAUUGCUGUAAUGAAAGAUGGUGCAGUUAUUGAGUAUGGUAGUCACGAUGCCCUCUUGAAUUCCCAUCUCAAUGGUGUCUUUGCUGGCCUGGUUAGAGCUGAAACUGAAGCUACAGCAUUUGCUUGAGGACUCCUUCAAUCUUGAUGCUUUAUUUCUUGUAUUGGGUUAUCAAUUUUAUCCCUUUCUUUUGCCAGGCCCAAUGAACCGAGAUCUGUUUGAGUAGUUUUAAUUUUUUACACCUCUAAAUGGAUCCAUAAGAUCAUGAAUCAUUAAGGCUUUUGAAGAA